AUGCGCGGAACGUACACCGCGACCUAUCUUGAACGCGUCGCAUUGGCAUUUGCUCGUCGCCGUAAUGUCGCCUCACUAGAUAUUGGGAGGGCAUUUGACCUAAUCGUUGGUACUAGCACGGGUGGAAUUAUUGGUUGUGCGUUGGCAGCGGGAGUGCCGCUCGACAACGUUGUGAGCCUUUACAGCAAGCACGGUCCCGCGAUUUUCCCUCGUGCUAUGCCAUCUGGAUUUCUGAGUGUCGCGCUUGAUCUUUGUAGAAGACCCGCAGCUUUGGCGGCAGGCACGGAAGCGUUACGAAAAGCGCUAGAAGCCCAGCUAGGUAAGAAAACCAUUGGCGAACUGUACGCUGAGCGCGGCAUCGCGCUUGCCAUUCCCGCCGUAGAAAUGAGCCAGCAUCGCUCUUGGAUCUUCAAGACCCCGCACUUGCCGGGGACCAAUCACCGUGAUGACAACUAUAGUUUGGUAGACGUAUGCCUAGCUACAUCUGCAGCGCCAGUUUAUCGCUCUCUGGCCGCUAUCACUCAUGCCACGAAAACUGUAUCGAAGCACACAACGACCCUUGCUCCCGGCCAAAGUGGGAGCGGUGGUUUCAACAUGUUCGUUGAUGGUGGCCUAUGGGCCAACAAUCCAGUGCUGGUGGGUUUGGUGGAUGCGCUCGACGUCGCUAAGCCCGAUCAAGAAAUUCAGAUUUUCUGCUUGGGAACUUGUCCGACUCCAGCCGGCGAGCAGAUAGCAAGAAAGGAUGUUAAUCGCGGUUUAGGCCAAUGGAAGUUUGGAAGUGGAGCGGCCUCGCUGUCUAUUGAUGCACAACAGUUUGCCUUUGAUCAUAUGGCAAAGAAAUUGGUGCGGCAUCUAAAUCGAAAAUGUACGGUUGUCCGCUUCCCGAGCGAAACGGUGCCUGCCGCUCUCAUCCCGUAUUUGGAUUUGGACGAGACGCGCCAAGAGGCGGUUCAGGCACUUGUUAAUCAAGCGCGCACUGAUGCCGAUAUGACCAACAGUAGAUGUGCUUAUGUGGCGACCGAUCCCGAUGCUGCUUUGAUCUGCUCGCUGUUCGAAGCGGCACCGGAGCGUAACCAAGCGGGAUGA